GAGCGAUGGCGCAGUACAAGGUUACACUGGGGGAAGAGGUCUCCUUUUUAGAAAAAAAAAAAGGGUAAAGUGCCCAGUGGUCUGACCCCAAUAACCAUUAUGUCAUUAAUAACAGUAAACAAGCAGUGGUGCAGGUAUGGUGCCCUUUAAGGGUCAGUGUAUCCCAAUUUUGUGCCCCAGUAGGCUUUUAUAAGAAUUAAAUGUUUCACAUCACUUCCUCCUGUCACUUCCUCUUUUCUCUUAUGUUUCUAGUGAUCCCUUUACUUUUCUUCUAACUAGCACAGAAGCUGUUGGGCUCAUUUUAGGGUCACGAUUCCGUCCAAUCAGAGCCGCUCAUCACUCUGGGCCUGAGUGAGUUAAUUAUUGCCAAGGAGUGAAGCUUUGCAGCCAGACACUCCCAGAACUCGUGCUCCCGCUUAAGACGUUGGGACGUUAUUAAAGUAUCACUUGGAAUUUCAACUCCCCACCAACCCAACUGCGCAGAUAUUGUACAAUGAGUGCAGAGGAGGGACCUGAAGAGAUGGAGGAGGUGGAUCAGACUUGCUUGGAGUACAGAAUCCUAAUGAAAUACACUCUUCACACCAGAAGGAAGGGGCGGAUGCUUUGCUGUAUGGGCAGAGGGGACCAGGCCAAGACAACACAAACCUUCAAUGAGGACAGGCUGAUCCGGCAGUUGGUCGAGAUCCUAAAGACAUCGGGGGAUGAAAUAAACAAGAGGAUCACGCAGGACCCAGACCUGAUGCUCAGUAUGAAGGCAGACAUGACUUACAGCAGAUUUAAAGAGACAGCGGAGCGGUUCCUGCACGAUUCGGUUCUCCCGUGGGACAAAGAGGUGGAGGAGCAGCGGCGCAGGUUGGCUCUGUGCAUUCACUUUACUUCCCAGCUCAGCGCCGUCGAUAAUCACCCCAUGAACCGGGUAUUGGGGUUCGGUGUGAAAUAUCUGCGGGAGAACUUCAGCCCCUGGAUCCAGAGCCAAGGAGGUUGGGAUAAAGCCUUGGGGAUCCCAGAUUCAAUGGACAACAAAUGAGAAAACUGAUAUUAACAAAGGACCCCCCUAUAACAAGAUGGAUAGGAAUGAAGUGGAGGCACAGUCACCCCUCUAAAUUCAGGAUCAGAUUCUGAGAGACUGCAGAAAUUCAGCCAAAUACCCCACUCCUCUUGCACUGCACAUGGGUCUCUGAGACAGGAGGGGAUUAAAGGACAUGGAAAGUUAAACUAAAGAAGUAGCUAGAAAUGUGGUCCAUGAUGUUUUGUGCUUCUGUACCAGCC